AUGAGCCAGCAUAUCCAACGCCUCAUUCAAAUCCUUUCUCGUAGGACGAAAAACGAUCCCGUAUUGAUUCUCUUCAUCGACGAGAUGCACUCUGUGUUGGGGCUUGUCAAGGCAGAGUGUUCUCUGGAUGCGGGAAACUUACUCAAGCCUGCCCUGUCACGUGGGGAGGUCCAAUGCUGUGGGGCGGCGACCUUGAACGAAUACCGAGUAAUCGAAAAGGACGCUGCACUAGCUCGGAGUUUUCAGCCCAUACUCGUAGGCGAGCCAAGCGUGCAAGAGACAGUAAGCAUUCUCCGAGGUCUAAAGGAGAGAAAAGAGGCAGUCAUGGCCGUUGUAGGCUCAGCAUUUCCACCAGAGUUCUUCAACAGACUAGAUGAGUUCAAUUUCUUCCGUCGUCUGUCUAAGUCAACUUUAAGGGAUAUCGUCGAUAUCCGCCUGAAUGAGUUGCAGGCUAGGCUUGAAGACCGCCGCAUCGUGCUCGCGCUUAACGAUGAAAUUAGGAAUUGGCUAGCAGAGAAAGCUUUUGACCCUCGAUAUGGAGCCAGGCAUUUGAAUCGCCUCAUCUCCAAGCAGAUUGCAACUGGUCUGCCGACAGGGUAA